AUGAUGUUCUCAAACAAACACAUAAAUUUAUUCGUUCUCAUCUUGUUUUUGGUAACUUUAGUUGGAUCUUUUGAGAGUGCAAGCUCAUCAAAUAUUUUCAGAAGACAAGAUGCUGGCAAUGAUACCGACACAAGUGGAUCCGGUAAUUCUGACAUAAAAAAAUUAUGCAAAGGUUUUAAAUUCGAAAACGCAUUUGUUCAAGUCAAAAAUGGUGAGACUAUAACAGUGACAUGGUCAAAAGGAGCAUCUAAAGUAGAAUCCGUAAUAAAUUGUGAAAUGUAUGGUGAAGCGGAAGCGAAUAGUGUUACAUUCUUUAAACAAAUAUGGCUUGGUGACGUUAAGUUUGUCGAUGGUUUAACCGCCGUAUCGGCACUGGUUAAGUUUGAAGUUCCACCUGGUGCUAAAUUACCUCAAAGUAUUUUAUUACGUACUUGGGGUACAACCAGCGAAGGACCACAUUGUACUACUUACACGUAA